CGGGGACUACACGCGUCAUAUGCCAGCGCCGGAAGUUGGUUGAGACACAACGAGGAGCCAUAAUCCGCCGCGAACUGCAGAGUACUUAGUUUCUGGGGGCUACGUGGGUAGGGAAUUGGCUAGUUGUAUUUAGAGGGACUAUCAAUGGACACCCAAAAGGACGUUCAACCCCCGAAGCAGCAGCCGAUGAUAUAUAUCUGCGGAGAAUGUCACACCGAAAAUGAAAUAAAAUCCAGGGAUCCAAUCAGAUGCAGAGAAUGUGGAUACAGAAUAAUGUACAAGAAAAGGACUAAAAGAUUGGUGGUUUUUGAUGCUCGAUGAAACAUGGAAUUCAGAGGAUUAUCUUCAUUUGUACUUGGAUUUGCUGUUAAUGUUGUAUAGCUUUUGAUUAGUGUAUAUAUCUUUACAAAUACAAAUAACAUUUCAUUUUAAAAUCCAUCUUGUAUUUAGAUAUCUAUUUAAUAGUUUCUAUAAAGUUUUUUGUUCAAUUACAUGAUUUAUAAUUUACUUUUAUUGUAUAUGUAAUCUGACAGAGUGAAAGUUUAAAGUACACUUAAUUAAGCACACUUAAUUAAGGCCUAGAAUCUUUUGGGAUUCUUGUUAAAAAUGAAGUUUCUAGGGCCCUGUGAAGGUCUGAUUAAGUAAGUUCCUUGGAAACUACUGUUUUACAUCACCAACUAUAAACUCUCCAGCAUCAUUUUGUAUUGAGUAUACCAAUGUGCUUAGCAUGCAUGCAUUAUUUUGUGUUAAAUUUUUCAUUUUACUUGAUGUAGGCCUUCUGUAUGUAUAUAUAAGGCUUGACUAUAUUUUAAAUCUUGGGUGAGGAAAAAGAAACUUUAAUGGUUGCAUCUGUAAGGCAAAAUCAACCCUAAGUAAAGUGGAUGAAGCAGAUUAUUAAGGCAGGUGUAGUUUCUGAGGUAUAAUCAUUAAGGUAAAAAAUUCUGCUUUCAGGAUAUAUAAAGAUAUAAAUAUAUAUAUAUAUGGACUUGUUUACACUGACCUAUGGAUAAAUGUUUAAAACUUUUGCCCUUUUGCCUUGAUCUUGGGGAUAUGGAUACUCGAAUACUCCCAUUUGUUCCAGGAUUCCAUCAUUAUGGGAUGUCAUCUGACAUUCAUUUUGAAGAUUAGAUAUAUUCCAUCUUCACUAUUAGCUAUGUGUGUCUCUGACAUUCAAAAAAUUAAGUGCCAUUUUAAAAAAGCACCUAUAUUUCUAUUAACAUCCUUGAAUACUAAGUUCUAUAAAUUUUUUAAGUGCUAUACAAAGUACUACCAUGCUCAGAUUUUUAUUUAUUUAUUUUUUGAAGAUUUUAUUGGACAGACAGCGAGAGAGGGAACACAAGCAGGGGGAGUGGGAGAGGGAGAAGCAGGCUUCCCGUUGAGCAGGGAACCCGAUGCAGGGCUCGAUCCCAGGACCCUGAGAUCAUGACCUGAGCUGAAGGCAGACGCUUAACAACUGAGCCACCCAGGUGCCCCCCAUGCUCAAAUUUUUAAAGAGUGCCUCGUAGGUCCAGGUUUUCCUUUAGCCAUACCUUUCAUAAUUUUGUAAUUCUGCUCUGUUCCUUCUUGACCUUGUCUUUUUCAGACAAAAGAGUCCCAAUAAAUAUGAUAGGACAGUCCCCUAAACAAAUCCUAACACUUCGGAUAAUGUUCCUCUUAGCUGUUUUGAUUUUAUCAUAGUUCUUUUAUUUAUCAUUAAUUUAAUUGAAUAUUAUUUGGUUAACUAGACAGUGGUUUAGUGGAAAAAGCAUUACCACUGGAACUUAAGACCAACAUUUCAACUAGUCCCCUCUUUGUGUCCCUUACAUCUAUAAAAAUGGAAGCCAUUUUACCUCUUGCCUCCCUGGACAGUUUCAAGAAAAAAAGGUAAAAUAGGUACAAAAUUGCUUUAAAAGAUGGUUUUGGGGGUGCCUGGGUGGCACAGUCGGUUAAGUGUCCCAAGUCUUUAGUUUCAGCUCAGGUCGUGAUCUCAGGGUCGUGGGCUCGAGCCCCGUGUCAGGCUCUGCACUGAAUGCAGAGACACUCUCCCUCUCCCUCUGCCCCUCCCCUCUGUACACACUCUCUCUCUCAAAAAUAAAUAAAAACAAAUCUUAAAAAAAAAAAAAGACUUUCAAAUAGUGUUCUAUAAGUAUAAAUAUCAGCAAAUCUGAGCUUAGAAUUACCACAUAACUUGUCCUGUACUUAAACUGCUUACCAAUGACUAUGGACAUGCAUGUCCUUGAGAAAAGCAUGGAAAUUGAUUCAAAUCCAGCCCUGCUACUCAGUGACUAGCCAGUUCAUUUCUUUUAACUUCAACUUCAUUGUCAAAGUGGAGGAAUUUAUGAUGGUCAAUAUGGUGCUUUGAGGCUCUGAAGUUAUCUCGAGAUUAAAGUUGUGAAAAAUGUAAAAAUAGUAGAUGAAAUCAGAAAUGGCCAAUCUUGGGGCUCCUUGGUGGCUCAGUCAGUUAAGCGUUGGACUCUUGAUUUUGGCUCAGGUCAUGAACCCAGGGUUGUGAGAUGAAGGUUCUCUCCCUCUGCACACCUCACCCUCCACUGUGUUUGUCUGUGUGUGUGUGUGUGUCUGUCUUCCCCCC